AAGGCUUCAAGCUUUCAUUUUCUCCACCUCCGAGUGGUGGUGGCAAUGGCCGCCUCCCACGUGUACGGCCUCCUGUCCACUCCCCGCCGUCCCCGCCGCCCACGCGUCCUUCCUCCUCCACCGGAUUGAGCCGACAUCUCCGCCACUCUCUAUUUAUCUCUGCCUCCCUCUCUUUCCACUUUUAUCAAACCCCGUUUGGCCAUUUCGUUCAGUAAAAUAGAGAGAGAGUAGCUUUCCAUUUUCAACCUCGUUUCCCAUAGCUCCUUCUUUCAGCUUCAUUCCCUUCUUUGAUUGAUAGCAAUGGCCUCUCAAGACCUCAAACAGCGCAUCAGAGACGAACCCGAUGCCACCGCCACAGCCGCCGCCGCCGCCGAUAUUAAUGACAAGGCCUCCCACAGGCCGGGCAGGAAGAAGGCCAUGGCCAAACGCGGCCUCCGGUCUCUCGCCGUAGCCGUCGCCCUCCCACUGGCGCUCACCGCCCUCGACAUCUCCUUCUUCGGCUCCGACCCUGCCUCCCGGAAGCACCUCCGGUUCCCUCCCCUGUGGGCGCUGCACGCCACGUGCCUCGUCUCGAGCAUGCUCCUGGGACUCUCUGCGUGGCUUGUCUGGGCCGAGGGUGGCUUCCAUAGGAAGCCCGAGGCCUUAGCCCUCUAUGCAGCCGUCCUCGGCCUCGGUCUGGGUUGGGACCCGAUAGUGUUUGGGGCGGGCGCCAGCAAGCUCGGACUUGUGGUGGCACUGGCUUUGUUCGGGAGCUUGUUCGGGUGCUACAAGAAGUUCAAGGAGGUGAGCACGAUAGCCGGGGACCUGGUGAAGCUGUGCUUCGCGUGGGCCGGCUUCGUGUGUAUUGUGAAUCUCAAGCUUGUUGCUAUGUGAUGACACAUAUAUGAGUAAAGAGCGGAUGGGUACGUCUUUGCGCAUGUUGCUACCUUAGGAAAAGGUCUUGUAAGUAUAUAAAGCGAGGACGCGAUGUAUUUAGGGUGUAUCACUUCAUACACGUACAUACAUAAAUUUAGAAUAUGUUAGUUGCUUGUUUUGUUUAUAUAAGGUUUCGUGUUUUCCUCUGGCAGUUGAGCUAGAUAGUCAGAUCUUUGAGAAAUAUGUGAACGCUUUCAUGUUCGAAUAUAUUUCGAAUCAAUGGAUGUUCGAGAAUUAUGUGAUCAAA